GGGUACUUACGUUGCAAGGAUUGCUUUAAGAAAUACGGAAUAAGUCUGAGGUUUAGAGGUGGUGCAGAGUUAUAUGAUUGGCAAUAGACUACAGGCUAGCAACCUAAUCACCGUUUGUCGACCCAUCCGUCUAUUGAUCUAUUCUUAGAACGGGUGAUCAACACAAGUUUUGACCACUAUCAAGUGUUUAGAACAGCUCAGAAGCUGCGAGAAAGUACGCGCGGAAGUAUGCUAGGUUCUGACAAGAUGGGCAAAAAGACCCCGGCACAGGGCAAAGGGGUGGCCAAGAAGGAGUCGACAGGAACAAAGAAGAGACAGAAGAGCAUGUUCGACUUCUUCGGAAAGUCUAAGCCGGCAGCCACUCCCGUCCAGCGGGCAGCAAGGUAUGUGCAACACCUAGAUAGGAAAAGUUAG